AUGGCAGCGGAUGGCAGCGGAUGGCAGCAGACGGCGCAGGCGGGCUCAGGCAGACGAGUGAGUUGGGAAAAUUCCGCCUUGAAUCUACGAGACGAUGGGGCAAUUAGACCAGCAAUGCGCCGUGAAGAAGGCUUUUUCUCCCGCAAUGAGUGCGCCCGUGUGAGGGAUCGCUGUGUGCCGGCCUGCAGGCCUACGAUGACAGCGCAGCAGGGCCCCAACGAGCACGGUUUAACUGGGCCCAGGUGCGAGAGACUGAUUGGCCGAUGCAUCAAACUGACUCAGUCAAACCCCGGUUAG